AUGGCAGUAUUGCCAGUAAGAUUCACCAAAACUAAAAGAGACAGACUAGCCCAGGUCUUGUGGGUGCUCAACUGGAUUUCUGUUGUAACGGGAAUCAUCCUCUUUAGCUUGGGCAUCUUUCUGAAAGUGGAAAUCUACAAGCGACAGGAUCUAAUGUCCGAGAGUCAACUUCAAUCUGUGCCAAACAUGCUGAUUGCGGUGGGUCUUAUAGCCUGUGCGAUUAACUUUCUGGGUGGAAAGAUCUGCUAUGACUGUGUGGACUCCAACAAGUUCCUGCACUGGAAGUUGGUGAUGCUGCCAUACAUCAUUUGUAUGUUUUUCUUCACUUUGAGCGUGUUGGUGGGUGCGCUGAUGUGCUAUAGCAUGCACGGCCAGCUGGAGGAGUCGCUAACAUUAGGGUUGCGUGAUGCUAUGCGCUACUACAAGGAUACAGACACACCGGGACGCUGCUUCUUGAAGCGCACAGUGGACCUGCUGCAGAUGCAGUUCCAGUGCUGUGGGAAUGAGGGAUUCAGAGACUGGUUUCAGAUCCAGUGGGUCAGCAACCGAUACCUGGACAUGUCGCAGCGAGAGGUGGUUGAUCGUCUUCGGAGCAAUGUGGAAGGCAAGUACUUAAUGGAUGGCGUUCCCUUCAGCUGCUGCAACGUCAACUCCCCUCGGCCGUGCAUUAUGCACCAAAUCAGCAAUAACUCUGCUCACUUUAACUAUGACCACCAGAUGGAGGAGCUCAACCUGUGGAUGAGGGGAUGCCGGCAGGCUCUGCUACAGUAUUACACCAACAUCAUGCACUCCAUCGGCUUCACGGUUCUCAUUAUCUGGCUCUUUGAGCUGUCAGUGCUGACUGGAGUGCGUUACCUUCAGACGUCUCUGGAGAACGUUCUGCGUCAGGGGGACCCAGAGUGCGAGUCUGACGGGUGGCUCCUGGAGAACAGCUUUGUAGAAACCGCUCGCUCCAAUUUCAACAUCAUCAAACACCUCGGCAAAUUCAAUCAGAUCAACACGGCCAGCAAUGGAGAUCCAAACAUUGACAGAACGUCUACAACACACUACGGGCCCGACAAUGUGCCUCCAAAACCUCAUUCAGCAGACCGCCCAGAAUGA